AUGGCCCAUCCCUCACAGCUAGGAUUUCAAGAUGCAGCUUCACCUGUAAUAGAAGAACUUCUUCAUUUUCAUGACCACGCCCUAAUAAUCGUCUUCUUAAUUAGCACUUUGGUGCUUUACAUUAUUGUGGCUAUAGUCUCCACCAAAUUGACAAACAAAUACAUUUUAGAUUCUCAAGAAAUUGAAAUUAUCUGAACUGUCCUCCCAGCAAUUAUUCUCAUCCUUAUUGCCCUACCCUCCCUACGCAUUCUUUACCUUAUAGACGAAGUCAAUAACCCCCUUCUCACGAUUAAAGCCGUGGGUCAUCAAUGAUACUGAAGCUAUGAGUACACAGACUACGAAGAUCUCGGAUUCGACGCAUACAUAAUCCCAACACAAGAUUUAACCCCGGGACAAUUCCGUCUCCUAGAAGCCGACCAUCGAAUGGUAAUUCCAGUAGAAUCCCCGAUCCGAGUCUUAGUCUCCGCUGACGAUGUCCUUCACUCGUGGGCAGUCCCGGCCCUGGGUAUUAAAAUAGACGCAGUCCCAGGCCGACUAAACCAAACCGCCUUUAUUGCAUCUCGGCCCGGGGUUUUUUACGGUCAAUGCUCCGAGAUUUGCGGAGCAAAUCACAGCUUUAUGCCCAUCGUAGUUGAGGCAGUCCCUCUAGAACACUUUGAAAACUGGUCCUCCCGAAUACUUGAAGACGCCU